AUGGCCUCCACCAACAAGGACGAUCCCAUACUUCGUCUCAAGAAUAAUCUCGUCAACAUCUGGAAAUCCAGCGAGUAUUCGGACCUGCUGAUUCGCUGCAACAAUGGCGACGAGCACCGAGCCCACCGUGUAAUCCUGUGCAGCCAAUCCGAGUUCUUUCGGCGCGCAUGCAACCCCAAGACCGGCUUCAAGGAAGCCCUCUCCGGCAUCAUCGAACUCCGCCACGACGACCCCUCGACCGUCCGCGCCAUGCUCGAAUUCUGCUACACCUUCACCUACACGCCGCCACCACCACCGGCGCCGCAACAGUCCCACCAACCCGCGGAAGAAGACCGCAUGAUCUUCCACGUCCACAUGUACGCCGUCGGCGACAUCUACGCCAUCCCCGCGCUCAAGCGCCUCGCCGUCCAAAACUUCGAGCGCGACGUCUCCCACCGCUUCCCGCGCUUCCCCGCCGCCGUCCGCGCCAUCUACGAGACGACCCCCGCCACCGACCGCGCGCUGCGCGACGUCGCCCUGCGCGUGUGCGCCGCCCACGCCCGCGACCUGCUCGGCGACCCGGCGUUUGACGAGAUGAUGGACGAGCUGGGCGUGUUUGGCCGCGAGCUCGCGCGGGAGAUGCUGGGGCUCGCGUCUUCGUCUUCGGGUCGUGGUGGGGGUGGGGGUGGUGGUGCGAAUGGUGCGAAUGGUGUCAACGGUGCGCCGCCGGCGAAGAACGUCGUUGUGGAUUGUCGCCGGUAUCGCUGCAGCGUCUGUCGCCGCGCCGUGGCGUGGAACAUCCCCAAGCCCUGCCCGACGGAGCUGCUGCAGUGCAUGUAUUGCGGCGCGGGGUUUGCGCCCGCGACGUGGAAGAAGAGGCUCAUCAGGCCGGACGAUCCGCCUGAGCCUGAGGAUUUGGCCGAGCGGCCGUCGAGUGUGGCGGGGGAGGAUGGCGGCGCGGGGUGGUGA